CUGACUUUCACACGCGCGCACAUACACACUCGCACACGCUGCCACGGUGCGUCAGCGCUUGUAAGCUCGAAAGUGCGCAACUUUUCCAAGCGGACCGAACGGAGACACCUGACUCAGCUUGGUGUUUUUAUCAUCUCCCAAGUGGGAAUAGGAAUGUGGGCUACAAGUGGAGCUGAGUGUCAAAGGUCAAGUCCCUGCCCUUGACAGACACCAUGACCUCUGACCUCAACCUGAGUUCCCUGCUGAACGUGAGCGAGCUGCACAACCACUCACGAGGAUGCUCGCUCACCAAGACGGGCUUCCAGUUCUACUACCUGCCCAUCGUCUACAUUAUGGUGUUCAUCACGGGCCUGGUGGGCAACAGCCUGGCCAUCUGGAUGUUCGUGUGCCACAUGCGGCCGUGGAGCAGCAUCUCCGUGUACAUGUUCAACCUGGCGCUGGCCGACUUCUGCUACGUAUUCUCGCUGCCCUUCCUCAUCUUCUACUACUUCAACAAGACCGACUGGAUCUUCGGCGACGUGCUGUGCCGGCUACAGCGCUUCAUCUUCCAUGUCAACCUGUACGGGAGCAUCUUGUUCCUCACCUGCAUCAGCGUGCACCGCUACACGGGCGUGGUGCACCCGCUCAAGUCCCUGGGCCGACUCAAAAAGAAGAACGCCGUCAUCACCAGCGCGCUGGUGUGGGCCGUGGUGGUCCUCGCCAUCUCUCCUAUCCUCUACUACUCGCGGACGGGGUCCAAGCGGAACACCACCACCUGCUACGACACCACCACGGAGGAUGAGCUGCCCGGUUACUUUAUCUACAGCAUGACGUUAACUGUCUUUGGCUUCUGCAUCCCGUUCAUCAUAAUCUUCUGUUGCUACGGCAUGAUCGUCAAAGCUUUAAUCUGCAACGACAUGAACAACGCGCCGCUGCGGCAGAAAUCCAUCCACCUGGUUAUCAUAGUACUGGCCGUCUUCGCUGUCUCCUACUUGCCUUUCCACGUCAUGAAGAACCUGAACAUGCGGGCCCGGCUGUACUUCCAGAGCCCGGCCAUGUGCGACUUUAACAACCGCGUCUACGCCACCUACCAGGUGACCCGCGGUCUGGCCAGCCUCAACAGCUGCGUGGACCCCAUCCUCUACUUCCUGGCCGGAGACACGUUCCGGAGGAAGCUGUCGCGGGCCACCAAGAAGCCGUCGAGGAAGGACAACGCGCUGCAGUCUAAGAGUGAGGAGACGGCGCUCAACAGCCUGGCGGAGUACGUGGAGAACGGGGAGGGGCGGAUGUGAAGCCGCCGUUAUCUGCACUGUUGGAUAAUGGAAGCACUGUGCGGACCCGGAGGCCAUUUUCAAUCUGUCUAAAAUGUCAACGUGGAUACGCUCUCGUGCUGUGUUGUUGUGCACGUCUUGUCUUACGUGACAUACAGUGAACCGGCCACAACAUUAGGUACACCUACAAAAUCGAAUGAGACCAUCCAGCCAUCCAUUUUCUGAGCCGCUUCUCCUCACUAGGGUCGCGGGCGUGCUGGAGCCUAUCCCAGCUGUCAUCGGGCAGGAGGCGGGGUACACCCUGAACUUGGUUGCCAGCCAAUUGCAGGGCACCUACGAACAAACAACCAUUCGCACUCACAUUCACACCUACGGGCAAUUUAGAGUUUUAAAUUAAUGUAUGUUUUUGGGAUGUGGGAGGAAACCGGAGUGCCCGGAGAAAACCCACGCAGGCACGGGGAGAACAUGCAAACUCCACACAGGCGGGGCCAGGGAUUGAACCCGGGUCCUCAGAACUGUGGGGCUGACGCCCUAACUCGUCGCCCACUGUGCCGCCUGAAACUAAAUCAUACAAGAAAAAAAUGGCACCCCAAACAUUAAUAGUUGGUGAUGGAGACCCAAUUGGGCCUCGAAUGAGACCCAAUUCAUAAAAUAAUAAUGUUGAGUGUUGAUAUGUUCUGUGAUGCUGGUUAACAUCCAUCCAUCCAUUUUCUAUAGUGCUUGUCUGGAGUCCAUCACAGCUGACUUUGAGCGAGAGGUGAGGCACACGCUGGACUGGUCACCAGCCAAUCGCAGGUCACAUAUAGACAAACCUAUAGACAAUUUAGAGUUUCAAUGAACCCCACGUGUGUUUUUGCAACGGAGGAGGAUUCAAACUCAGAACCUAUUGCCUGUGAGGCAGACAUGCUAAACUGUUGGGAAUUAACAAUGCUGUUAACUUAGGGCACGGGGGCACACAUUGGAUCGAGGUCUUCUUUGCUAAACACAGCACUUUUCUCCAUUUAACAUCAUCUCAGAAGAUUAUAGGAGGAUUUCUCACAAAAAUUCCAGGCAUCCAUUUUCUAUGGCAAUUGUUGUCAUUUGGGUGGAGGGUGAGCUGGAGCCUAUCCCAGCUGUCUUUGGGCGUGAGGCGAGGUACAACCUGACCUGGUUGCUAACCAAUCACAGGGCACAUAUUGACAACGAUUCACGGGUUGCACGGUAGCACCACUUCAGAUUUUUUUCAAGUUGACACUAAUGUGAUUAAACUGUGACUUCAGUCAUCGAGUCACUAAUGAAUCAUUGAUAUUUUUUCAGAACAGUACUGUAAUUAAUAUGAUUAUUUGCAAUGGUCGAUGUUCACCGACAAUGGGCAGCUCAUACACCGCGGAACAUGCAUGUAAGAAUGUGGGCUGCGUGAAGUACUCGGUAUUUCCAGCCAGAUAGAAAAUCCUCUCACUCAGUGUGUUUGUCACUAGGACAGCCAAGGGACAUUUUCACAACUUGGCCAAAUGGGGAAACCUCGUUCCUCGGUCCUCGUUCUGGGCCCAUCACAUGAGCUGGUUCUUCAUGGUGGGAAUUUGAAUAGUUUGCAAUCACGGACCUCUUAGUGGAAUAAUUCUACACUGUCCUUCCACUUGGAUAGUGUGGGCUGAACAUUUUUUCAAAAUCUUGCUUGAGCCAGAUUUUUCCUCAAUUACCAAAGCUACACAUUCAGAAAGAGAAAACUAUUUUAAUUAUUUAAGGUGACAAAGAAAUUGUAUUCAGCGCACUCAUCUGUUGCUGGAAGUGCCUCUGCCUUCACCUCAAGUCAAAAACAACCCAUUAGCGACUAGUCAAUGUCACACUUCUAAAUUCAAAACUUUUUUUUUUUUUUUUAACCAUAGGAAAUAAUGUCACCUUUUGUGAGGUCAAACCCUGGAAAUUAUGAAGACUUGUAUUUUCUGUAAUGGCAAUUUUUAAAACCACAUUUUAAUUUUCCCAACUGACAUACAAGUGUAAAAGUAACUGAACCCCUUGUCAUGAAACUGAAAUACAGUAAAACAAGUCACAAGCCUGAAACCUAAUGGAGGGAACAGGAAGGUGUUUGAUGAGAGAUGGCGUCACCUAAUGGCGGUACAGCUUUAUAGGUACAGCUGGUAUUAAUAAGUGUCAUCUAUAAUAAGUGUAUUGAUACAUCAUCUGUGCAUAUAAUUGAUUAAGUUAUACUGAGAAGUCAGAACCAUUUCCGCAAUAAGUCUCAAAAAGAACAGGAUAAGCGGUAUAGAAAAUGGAUGGAUGGCUAGGUGGAGCGCCUCAGUGUGAUGCUACAUCUCAUGAGAUUGUCCAGUUGUGCCUAAUAUUGUGGCCUUGACAUCAUCCUCGUGAGGACUUCAGACAGUCGAUGCUCUUACACUCCGAACUAAAAGGUUUCGUUCUUCAAUUUCCUGAGGAGAAAAAGAGAUUAAAAAGAUUGGAACCUGUCCUCUGCAGUCAGCGAGCGUACACUCUUGUCGAUAGCUGUUAAGCAGCUAGGGGGAAGAGGGUGGGCGUAAUAGACUUGGAAUGACUAUCUACUUACUGGCCACAACAUUAGGUACACCUAAUGACAGUCAAUACAAGAGCUGCAACUGCACUUCAUUAUACAGAGAGAAAUUAGUGCGCUCAUGAUGCAGCUCUUGUUUUGGAUUGCAUUUGAUUGUGUUCCUCAUGAAUUGUCCAGUGAAUACACGCACUGACAUGGAGUUUGUAAUGCACUACACUGAACGUGGGGGUGGUGGGAGGGGAUUGUCUACCCCCCUCCUCCUCCUCCUCCUCCCCCUCCCUGCGGUGGAGUGCUUUGGCAGCUUGACGGCUCCGAGCUUGUAACAGCUGUGUGGCCACCAUCUUGUUAACCUGCAUAGGCUACAACAACAAAACAAGAAGAGAAUACCAACAGUAUUGUGUGUAUACAACACCAUAAUGAAUGUUCUUUGCAGUGUACAGGAUGUUGUUAGUGUGUGUGUGUGUGUGUGUGUGUGUGGAGUCUAGUAGCAAAUCCUGUUUCUAAAACUUGACUAUGUGUUGCAACAUGGAGCAUAAACAUGUUUUAAAAGUGAGCCACUUGGAGAUGCACUGACACUGCACGUACACAGGACAGUGAGACAGGUAUAAAGACAUCAAGUCCUACAGGAAAAGUUGGAAGUUAGCUCACUAUCUUGGUUGUAGUUCAAAAGGUGCUCACUUUACGUGACGCUUUUCCAUUGGCUCUAGGACCUUGGUGAUGUAAAACACUGCUGGUCGCCCAUUGUUGAACAUAUUUAUCAUCCACACGUUUGUGGAUACUUGGCUAGAAAGGACAACUGGGUCUUAGCUCUGGACACUGCAGUAUUAGAACGUUGCCCUCAGUCUGCUCUUGGAAAAAAACGUGUCUUUAAAAAGUUAAUACCCAAGACUCUCGUUCUCCUCUGCUGUUGUUGUUUGUCUUGUUGCUGACAGUAAGUGUACUAUGGAUACUGCUAUUUUGUACCCAACAGCCUAUGUUUUUCCCCCCUAGUAUAUAUACACAGCUAUAAAUGACAAAAAUAAACAUGGGGACACUGCAUUAUUG